AUGUGGACCACCCGUUCCCUGGCUGCUGUGGGCCUGUUGGCACGCAUUGCACUCGCAGCCGACUUCGACUGGUCCGCUAUCGAGCCUUCAGAGCAGCUGAAGUACCAUGCGUGCUACGAUGGGUACCAAUGCGCGAGGCUCUCUGUGCCACUAGAUUGGCAGGAUACCAACAACACCAAGAGAGUCGCUAUUGCCAUUACCACCCUCCGCGCCACGGUCCCAUCAGAUGACCCGUCUUUCGGCGGGACAAUCAUCCUCAACCCUGGAGGCCCGGGCGGCUCUGGUGUCAAUUUCGUCCAGAGGCUUGGGCGUCGGCUCCAGGCUAUGACUGAGGGCAAGAAGCACUACGAGUUUCUGGGCUUCGAUCCUCGCGGUAUCGCCUACACGACUCCUAGAGCCGACUGCUUUGGCGCAAGUCAUGUAUUUGCACGAGACUCUCUGCUCUUGGAGGCAAGGGGUAUUGGUGGACUCGAUGCAAGUGAAAGUGGGCUGAGGCGAGUCCUGGCUCUGGACCAGGCUUUCGGCAGCCUCUGCGAGACGAAGGAUCUGGACGAUGACAUCCUGGCAUACGUCUCAACGGCGUCCGUUGCACGGGACAUCAUUGAGAUUACCGACCGGGCGGAGGAGCUUCGCCGUGCAGAGCAGGCCGUCUCCCCGGAUCCAAACCAGCACCCUCUGAGUGCUGGCAACGAGGGAUCCCACGACAAGCCUACGCGUGUCUUGUACUGGGGCUUCAGCUACGGUACCAUUCUCGGCAAUACCCUCGCAUCUAUGUUCCCGGGACGAAUGGGAAGAGUAGUGCUGGACGGGGUGGAUGAUGCCUAUGACUACCACGAGGGCAAGUGGCUGUGCAAUCUCCUUGACACCGAGAAGAUUGUGGACUACUUCUAUGAUACAUGUUUUGACGGCACAGAGAACUGCCCGCUUUGGAAGAAAGGCGAUAAAUCGGGAAAAGACAUCAAGGGUCGCAUCGACAAGCUCAUCUCAGAUGCCGAUAUCAACCCUAUCAGCCUGGUUCAGAGCGAUGGGUCCUCAAACCUGAGAAUCAUCACAGGCAACGACAUCCGAGCAGCGUUCGUCUUUGGCCGCGGCAGACCUUUGUACGCACCUCUGCCGUACGGCUUUGAUUUUCUCGCCACUAUUCUAGCCCACGCGCUCAAGGGUAACUACUCACUGAUCGCCCAAGAUCUCGCCCUGCCGCUUCUUCAAGACGCCUGCAGCAUUGACAACUCCACCAAGCCCGGUCCGGACGACGCACAAGCCGCCAUCCUCUGCGGCGACGCUGACUUUGCCGAUCCAGACGGCCCUUAUCACAACGGCACGAAGCAGGGCGUUGAGUUCUGGAAAGGUUAUGUCGAGACCCUCAAGAACCAGUCGCCGACUUUCGGGCCUUCCUGGUCAGCUAUCUCCUCGACCUGCUCCGGCUGGCGCAUCCGACCAAAGUGGCGAUUCGCCGGUCCCUGGGGUACUCCGCCUGCCGAUCCAAGCCUGAAGGAGGGCGUGCCGGCCGCUCCAAUAUUGUUUACUUCCAGCAGACUGGACCCGGUGACGCCGCUAUACGAUGCUUACUUGAUGUCAAAUGACCAUCCAGGGUCAGCUGUCCUCAUACAUGAAACUGUUGGGCACUGCGCCGCGGCGACGGGCUGGAGCGAAUGUUUCAAUGAGCGCAUCAGGGCGUACUUUGAUGACGGCAUCGUUCCCGCGAACGGGACUGUGUGUGAUACGACUUGUAAACCGUUCUCAAAAGACGGAUACUGCCUACCUCCGGCUGAAGUCGUGGCCGCCGGUGUUGAGGAGAGUUUCUUCGGGUUUGCUGCCGACCGUCGGUCAGGAUGGUCUUUCAGACCCUUGGGUCUCAUCUAG